GCCUCUGUAUAGCAGAUCCGAUAUUACUCGCUAUACCUAUACCUAUACUGACUAGCGUAGCACUGCUAUCUCGGUGACUAGAGCGAUCGAGCGAGCGAGCGAGUAGAGAGCCAGCCAAAGUCAGUGUGCAUAAGUGUACCUAUGUGUACAAGGCAAGUCAGCGCAAGUAAGAGAAAAAGAGAGGAAAGACAGUAUUUCGGUCUUUGCUGCAAGCCACACGUACGUAUACGCACACAAUUGCAGAGCAGCAGUCGUGCUCGCGAGUGAGAGAAAAAGAGCGAUAGAGCGAGAGAGGAAAAGAGAGCUACACGUAGUCGUCGUCUAUCGCUGCUAUACCAAGCAUCGGACACACAGCGCAGAGAGUACAUUAGUGUAAGGCAGAGAGCAUUAUAUACUGUAGAGAGAGAGACUCGCCCGCCACCGCCGCCGCCGCCGCCGCCACCGCAGCCGUGUAGUAGUCGCCGUCAUCGUCGUAAUCCGUUCGCAUAGAGCAGAGAAUCGCGCCGAGCUGACUAUUCGCAGACGCCAGUGAAACAAGUGCACAAACUUUUUGCCGCUGCCUCGUUGAUUUUUUUUCUCUCUUCUGUUCCUCAACGAGUGUUACCCAGUGUGCGCGUGUGUGUGUGUACAUGUGUGACAGUGUGUCUAAAACAGUGUGCUCUCUUUGCCUUUAUCUCUCUCUCGCUGGCUGUCUGUGUUAGACUGUCUCUCUCUCUCUCUCUCUCUUUUAGUGAGCUGACUCUGUGCGAUCUGCAGUGUGUGCCAGCCAGCCCAGCGUGAACUCGUAUACGUGUAAAGUCGAUUGCUGCAUUUCAACUGCACCUAUCUCGUCUCGUAGUCGUGUGUAAUUCGCACGCAUACUGACGGUCGAGCGUAUACACAUCGCAGACAUAUAUAUUUAUACGUCGAGCAGGUCGGCGACUUUUCAUCGGCGCAUACCAACUAAGUACAGCUACUGCUACUUUUGUCGUAGUCGUCAUCUUCUGCUACUAUUGCUGCUGCUGCUGCUGCUGCUGCUGCUGCUAGUGCUGCUGUGUACAGUGCUGCUGUUACUUCCAACUGCUACUCGCGCGAUUGCGGUGCCUAUAAACUACGAAAGAAACGCAGUGUGAAAGUUUACAACAAUUUUUCUUCGUUUCUUUUCCCUCUUUUUAUCGUUAUUCUUUUGGCGCGCUAUUCGCGUGUGUUCGUGCGAGUGUGUAUAAAGUUGCUGCUCUGUGCUUCGAGCUCAAGUGCAACGAGUGUGCAUACGGCGGAUAUACGCGAGUGUUGCAAAAACUCGUGGCUCUAUUAUCCACCCCGCGUGUUGAGCCCUUCUCUUCUGUGUCGUGCACGACGACGACGACGACCAAGACAGCAGCUGUGAGAGAGUGAGUAGUGCGCGUCCGUGACAACACGCGUGCUGCGCUUGCUUCAAGGCAUUGGGACAAUCGUAAACAACGACGCACCAAACGGCAGAACUGUCAAGCAAAAGUAGGAGGUUGCAUCAGUUCCCGGUGUUUCAACCAGGAUUAGUGUACAUGAAUGGGGACAUUGGUAAGCUGCCACGAGGGGCGGGUUACCCAGCCAACCUUGAAGCCCUGGCAACUGUUAGUGCAGUUGCACCAACUCAACCAUUAGACUACAGCGUCAUGAAUGGAGCUGCUGCUGCUAGUGAAUUGAUGCUUGAAACUGGUGUAGUAUCCGGCCUAGAGCCAGUACCACAGAUCGCCAUUGGUAUGGGAGGUGCUGUGGGUUAUGCACCUAUCGAAAUGGCACCUUUAAAUGAAAUGCCACCCCCAACUCAGAUGGGCGAACAUGCAGGAUCAAAUAUCCCACUGGAGCAGCUCAAACAGAUGCUCUCGUCGCAACUUGAAUACUACUUCUCUAGGGAAAAUCUUGCUAAUGAUGCAUAUUUAUUAUCACAAAUGGAUAAUGAUCAAUAUGUACCUAUUUGGACUGUAGCGAAUUUCAAUCAAGUUAAGAAAUUGACAAAAGAUAUAAAAUUAAUAACAGAAGUGCUUAGAGAGUCACCUAAUGUACAAGUUGAUGAAGAGGGACAAAAAGUUAGGCCAAACCAUAAACGGUGUAUAGUUAUACUACGAGAAAUACCUGAUAAUACUCCAUUAGAUGAAGUUAAGAAUUUAUUUUCUGGAGAAGGUUGUCCUAAGUGUAUUUCUUGUGAAUUUGCACACAACAAUUCUUGGUACGUUACUUUUGAAUCUGAUGAAGAUGCUCAAGCGGCCUAUAGGUUUUUGCGAGAAGUAGUCAAAGAGUUUCAGGGCAAACCAAUAAUGGCUCGUAUUAAGGCCAAACCAAUGCAUCUACCAGUGCCACCAUCUGUUCCCACUGUUAGUGGAAUCAAAAAUGGUUAUAGAACACCAACAGCACCUCCAGUGUAUGAUCCGAAUGCUUUUCCACCUGGUCAACAGCGAUUCAUCUACACUAAUGGUACAACUAUGCCACAAACUACAAUGCAGCCAUAUCCAGGCCAAGUUCAUGUUUAUCAUCCACAGUUUUAUCAUACCGGAAUGAUGCCUUGGGGUCAUGCGAGCCCAGCAUAUUUCGAUAUGGGUGUUUUUGCGAUGAAUGGAGCACUGGCACCUCAUAACACAUACAAACCACACAAUACUAGAUUUAAUCAACGAAGCAGGAAUCCUAAUUUCAGAAACAAGCAAAGAAAUGGUUCUGAUAGAAAUAGUGGAGGCGGAAGUGGCGGUGGUGUAAGUCUUGUAGAUGGUGGAGGAAACAUGGUGCCUAUAGCUCGUACUUCACACCCUCCAUUGAGUGGAGGACCAGUAACGAUAGGGGUGGCAGCGCCCAGCCUCCCAAACACAAUGCCUAAUUCAAAACCUAUGUCUUCUUCCUACUCUACUGGCACAAAGUUCCAGUCGUCUCAUGCACCGAAUGUCGUUGGUGCUACCGACGCUCAAUAUGCCAGUGCUGGCAGCAGCAGUCACUCUAAUAAAGGGUCACAGAAAUUUAUGUUACAUAAGGCGAACGAGAGUCAAAGUCAGGAACCGACGACGAUGCAGUACCCUCGUCAUCGAACACAUCGCAGAACCAAAGACCAAGAUGGCCUAUCAAAAACGAACAACAAUAGUGCGAGUGGUGGUGUUGGAAGUGGUAAUAACACCGCAAGCGGCAGUGGUAGUGGCAGUAGCUCGAGUGGUGCAUCGGGUCCCAUUGCGAACUCUUUGAGUUCGACGAGGGACUCUACAAGUCAGAACUCAGGUUCCAGCAGUGGAGGUGCUAGUGGAGCGAGCAGUAGCGUGCACUCCGGCCCAAAUUCCAACAGCACACAGCACAAUCGAGGUGUACAGUUUGAUUUGGAAGCUACAGCAUUCCCUCCGCUACCUGGCCUUGAUUCGAACUCGGCUGGUAGCAAAUCGCACAGCGAGUCGAGCGAUAGCGCACAGCAAAAUCGCCUGUCUGAUGUCGUCAAGGGUACAGCCAAACUCAAAAGCAGUACCACGAAGGAUAAGGAUCAGCCUGCUCUGCCUGCCACUCAGCCGCAGCAACAACAAAACCAACAAUCUCAACCGACGACAACAUCCUCUUCUCCACAACACCAACAGUCGUCAAACUACCACGCGCCACCUCACCACUCGCAUCAUCCUCACCAUGGCAAUCACCAUCACUACCAUCAAACAACCUUCAAUGUGAUUAAUCAAAGUAGUACCAGAUCGACGAGUCCGGCACAACCGCAGCAGCAACAACCACUACAGCAACAGCAACAACAUAGUCAAAGAGUUGCUUCUUCUGCGGAUCAUAGUGUGGCAGUGUCGAGUAGUGGUACGACUCUGACGUCGCCUACUACAGCGCCCGCGAAUACCAAUUCUCCGGCUAACAACAACGGCGACUCGGACGUUGCUCUUGGCACCGUCACUCUCACUCCCCCAACAUCUCCCGAUAAAUCAAAAACGACUGAAACUGACGAGUCAAGCACGUCUGCAACAUCCACAACCACCGUCACCACAAAUACAUCACUAUUGACACCAUCAACUACAGUAUCUUGUUCCUCGACGACUACAAUGCCAACAGUAACACCAAGGAUGUUCGUUCGUAAUACAGUGAUGAUCGACCUAGAUGCUGCACGACGAAGAUCCUCAGACUUGUUUACGAAUAUGACGGCUAGUAGGCGUAGUGCACCGGAAGUUCAAAUCCAUCAAAUGCGAGGUGUGAGUCGUCGAUUUCAUUGGACCAGCCGAGGCCGAGCUAUGCCCAAGUAGCUCAACAAAAUCGUUAAUAACAAAAGCGAUAAGAAGCAGAACAAGACAAUGAGCAGAAGUCAUACCACCAGCAACAAUUAAUAUUAAUUACAUUGGAGGACGAAAAUUUGUGGGCUGCCUGAAUCGUUGCAGGAUCGAACUCACGCUUCAACGAUGUUUACAUAGCUUGUCUCAAAUCCUGCAGUGACCAAACCGUUGGGGUCUAUUGUGCCCACACAUCUAAAGCGCAAGGAAUAUUAUGUUUAUCACUAUCAUCGUCUGCAGUUGCUGCAGGUGACAAUGCUCAAUUUUCUGACGAAUAAUCACAAACACUGUUGAAAUGAGGCAUGAAAUUGAAUAAUUUUGUGCUACGUAUUUAUAACUUACACAUAUAUUGAACAUUGGUGGUGGUGCGAGGUAUUUACCUUAUAUACAACACUUUGUCUGAACUAUUAUUCACAUCGCUCGGACUUUUGUAUGUUAUUUUUUUGUUUCUCUUACUACUUUACGUGUGUGAGAUUGAGCAUGUAAAGAGGCUGUAUAGUACCCAAAAGUAAAUGAUAAGAACUAAUCGACUUCGUCGUUCUUUUAUCAUCUGCUAUGAAUGUGAAUGUACUUAUAUGCAAAGACAAGUUUAGAAAUCCAUGAGAAACAAAAAGAAUUCCAUAUUACACUGACUGUUGAUAGCAAACGCAAAAAAUAUACGAAGGUGUAAGAAUGUAUAUAAAUAUUACAUAACUUAACACGUAUUUACAAAAAAUAUAAACCAUUUAUAGCUCAAGUACAUUUCAACAAAUUCAAGUACACUUUCACUUGUGACGAAUUGAUAGAAUUGUACUUUUUACGUGUACAUCAAAAUUCACACGUUUACAACGUAGAAAAACUAGCUAGUUAUGAAAAUAUUAAAUUAACAAGUUCUGUAUACCAUUAUUAGAUAGAAAAAAACGAAAUGAUUCACGGUUACGACUCAUAAUUUAUUGUUAAAAACUUGCUUUAGAUUUUAUGAUUUCGAAGACACUUAUUGAAUAGUUUGUACAAUUAAUAAGUACACAGAUAUUUAAUAAAAAAAAAAAAUAAUAAUAAAAAGGUUGUUAAAAACCAUCGAUUUGUAUGAUAUUCGAUCGAUCGAUUAUUGAACUAGAAAUAAACUAACUAACCGUGCAUAUAA